AUGUCUUCCUCAAGAAUUGCUAUCCUCUUCUAUUCCAUGCACGGCCACAUUCUAAAACUGGCCGAAGCCGAGAAAGCAGGAAUAGAAGCUGCCGGCGGCAAAGCCGAUAUCUAUCAAAUCGCUGAAACUCUACCGGAGGAUGUCCUCGCCAAAAUGCACGCUCCGCCCAAAUCCAACUACCCAGUCGCAACAAUCGACACCAUCAAAGACUACAACGCUGUGCUUUUUGGUAUCCCAACUCGCUAUGGAAAUUUCCCGGCUCAAUGGAAAGCAUUCUGGGACCGGACCGGCGGAAUCUGGGCUGCGGGAGGUUACUGGGGCAAAUAUGCGGGUUUGUUUGUCUCUACGGGGACACUUGGUGGUGGUCAGGAGAGCACUUGUCUUGCUGCAAUGAGUACGCUCGCGCAUCAUGGGUUUAUCUAUGUGCCGUUGGGGUAUAAGACUGUUUUCCCGAUGUUGGCGAAUUUGGAUGAGGUGCAUGGUGGUAGUCCUUGGGGUGCUGGGACGUUGGCGGGUGCGGAUGGCUCUCGCUUUCCUACCGCGCUUGAACUUGAGAUAGCCAAAGCCCAGGGCAAGGCGUUCUAUGAGGCCGUCUCCAAGGUCGCUGGUGCUGGUAAUUGA